AUGGCGCAAGGCGGCUUGAAGUCAUCGUCUCGGCCCGCGCCGACGGGCAAGCCCAAGCAGCAGAAGCAGAAGAACACACAACGAGUGGCGAAGCCUCAGAAGGCCAAGAAGGGCAUGGCCGCCGACAAGAUGCAGAAGAAGUUCGCGGCGGGACUUGUCAAUCAGACGGAGAAGCUUCUCGGAGAGCGCGCCGGUCACCUUGAGCUGAUCGGCAAGGGCAAGAAGGCCAAGAAGGAGGAGAAGGGUCCUAAGGGCGGCAGCCGCAAGUUUGGCUAA